CGCAAUGUACGCGAGGAAUUCAGGGGAGGGGGGAGGAGCCAGCGAAGCCAAGGCAAGCCAGAACCAGGCCACAGCGGCGGAGGCGAGAGAGAGAGAGAGAGAGAAAGAGGAGGCGGAAGGAGAGGGAGGGAGGAGGAGCUUCUAGAGGGUUAAGGGAGGCGACCGCCAUGGGGGACUCCAGCGGCUCCGUGUCGGUCGACGUCGAGCGGCUCUUCUUCGGCGGCAAGGAGCAUCGAGUAAGAACGAGGCAUGGCCCUCUAUCGGUUUCUGUGUAUGGAGAUGAGGACAAGCCCGCGCUCGUAACUUAUCCGGAUGUAGCCUUAAAUCACAUGUCUUGCUUCCAAGGAUUGUUCUUCUGUCCAGAGGCUGUGUCGCUGUUGCUUCACAAUUUCUGUGUGUAUCACAUCACACCUCAAGGACACGAGUUAGGAGCAGCUCCGAUUUCAGCUGAUGUGCCUCUGCCAUCCGUCGAUGACCUUGCAGAUCAGGUUGCUGAUGUCCUUGAUUUUUUCAGUUUAGGGUCUGUAAUGUGCUUGGGUGUCACUGCUGGUGCCUAUGUCCUCACCCUCUUUGCAACGAAGUAUCGGGAGAGGGUUCUUGGCCUAAUUUUGGUUUCACCUGUAUGCAAAGCCCCCUCUUGGAGCGAGUGGUUGUAUAAUAAGGUAUUAUUAAACUUGCUUUAUUACUAUGGGACACGUGGGUUAGUCAAGGAAAGUUUGCUUCAGCGAUAUUUCAGCAUGGACGUUCGUGGUAACGGGCAAGAUCCUGAAUCAGAGAUUGUCCAAGCCUGCAGAAGUUUACUUGAUGAGAGGCAGGGAACUAACGUCUGGCGGUUCCUUCAGGCAAUUAACAGGCGGCAUGAUUUAACAGAAUCAUUGAAGAAGCUUCAGUGCCGGACCCUGAUUUUUGUUGGGGACAACUCACAGUUCCAUGCUGACGCUGUCCACAUGACCACAAAGCUGGACCGGAGAUACUGCGCUCUAGUCGAGGUUCAGGCCUGUGGUUCGCUUGUCACAGAAGAGCAGCCCCAUGCGAUGGUGAUCCCGAUGGAAUACUUCCUAAUGGGAUACGGGCUUUACAGGCCAUCCCAGCAGGAAAGCAGCCCCCGGAGCACACUGAGCCCGUUCUGCAUAUCGCCCGAGCUUCUAUCGCCGGAGAGCAUGGGAGUGAAGCUGAAGCCCAUCAAGACACGCAUCUCGCUUAACGUUUAGCAUGGGUGAUGGGUGAAGACUUCUCGGAUGGCCAUGGCCUGACAACCACACAGCUCAUGAAAGUGAAGACUCCUUGGGCUGAGUUGUGCAGCCACAAAGUUUUGAUGCCUUAAGGCACCUGGCGUGGUUGAAGGCACUUUUUGUUGAUGCAGAGAGGUUGUAGGCGAGGGAGUAAUGGGCUAAUGGCUGUUUGUUCAUAUAUAUAAUAUAAUCUGUAUGUAGUCAGUACACAUGUAUAUCUCAACACGGCAUCAUUUCAUACGGUACAGAGAAAGAAAAUGGGAAAGCUAAACUAUCA